AUGGCGGCGGCCUUAGAGGAGGAAGAAAUUGACAAUGAUGAUUAUUAUUCACUUCUUAAUGUCAGAAGAGAGGCGACGCAGGAGGAGCUGAAGUCCUCUUACCGGCGACUGUGCAUGCUUUACCACCCUGACAAGCACCGGGACCCUGAACUGAAGCGGCAGGCUGAGCAAUUGUUUAAUCUGGUGCAUCAAGCCUAUGAAGUACUCAGUGAUCCACAGUCCAGGGCCAUCUAUGACAUCUAUGGGAAGAGAGGGCUGGAUAUUGAAGGAUGGGAGGUGGUGGAGAGGAAGAGGACGCCAGCGGAGAUCAGGGAGGAGUUUGAGCGCUUGCAGCGAGAGAGGGAGGAGAGAAGACUACAGCAAAGGACCAAUCCUAAGGGUACGAUUAGUGUAGGUGUGGAUGCCACAGAUCUCUUCGAUCGCUAUGAAGAAGACUAUGAGGAUAUGCCAGGUGGGGGCUUUCCACACAUCGAGAUCAACAGAAUGCACAUUUCUCAGUCAAUAGAGGCUCCUCUGACGACCUCUGACACGGCUGUCCUCUCUGGCUCUCUCUCCACGCACAAUGGUAAUGGAGGGGGCAACAUUACUCUGGCACUGCGGAGGGUCACCUCUGCCAAGGGCUGGGGAGAGGUGGAGUUCGGUGCAGGAGACACGCAUGGGCCACUCUUUGGUUUGAAGAUAUUCCGCAACCUCACCCAGCGCUGCUUCCUGACAGCGCAGUGUGGGAUGCAGUUCUCCUCCCGGGGGGUGCGGCCAGGAGUCACCACGGUGUUGGCCCGUCACCUGGACAAGAAUACCAUGGGCUAUCUGCAAUGGCGUUGGGGAACCCAGUCCUCCAUGAACACCAGCAUCGUUAGGGACACCAAGAGCAGCCACUUCACCUUCGCUGUGCAGUUGGGGAUUCCGCACUCCUUCUUGAUGAUGAGCUACCAGUACAAAUUCCAGGAUGAAGACCAGACCAAGAUCAAAGGCUCCGUCAAGUCAGGGUUUUUCGGCACAGUGGUGGAGUAUGGGGCGGAGCGCAAGAUCAGUCGGCACAGCGUGCUGGGGGCUACGGUCAGCAUAGGAGUCCCCCAGGGCGUGUCCCUCAAAAUCAAACUGAACAGGGCCAGUCAGACCUACUUCUUCCCCAUUCACCUGACGGACCAGGUGCUGCCCAGCGCUGUCUUCUAUGCCACCGUUGGGCCGCUGGUCUUCUACUUGGCCAUCCAGAGGCUCGUCAUCAAGCCCUACGUGCGCGCUCAGAAAGAAAGUGACCUGGAGAAACAGCGGGAGAGCAGCGCCACGGAAACCGCGAGGAAGAAGCAGGAGGCGGAGUCAGCCGUUCUGCUGAUGCAGGAGUCUGUGCGCAGAAUCAUAGAGGCAGAGGAGUCCAGGCUGGGUCUCAUCAUUCUUAAUGCCUGGUACGGCAAGUUUGUGACUGACAACAGCAGGAAGCACGAAAGGGCAAAGGUCAUCGAUGUGACGGUGCCCCUGCAGUGUUUGGUGAAGGACUCCAAGCUCAUUCUCACGGAGGCCACAAAGUCGGGCUUGCCGGGGUUCUACGACCCAUGUGUGGGCGAGGAGAAGAGCCUGAAGGUGCUGUAUCAGUUCCGAGGCGUGAUGCACCAGGUGCUGUCCGGGGACACAGAGCCACUCAGGAUACCAAAGCAAUCUCACAGGAUCGACACAGACACUUAGAGACCCUCCUCUGCUGGGCUGAAAAGGACAAGGCUUUGGGUUGCCAUGUAUGGAGAGGUGCGGAUGGACAGCUGGAAAAGUAUUAUGGACAGACAUUGAGUUCGAGAGACCUGGAGAGACCUUUUGCCCUUAGGCAUCCAUGUGUGUUCCUUUCCUUCUGUUGUCUAUAUAUAUAUGCAACAUAUAUAUAUAUUGGAAAUAUCUAUGUUUAUCAGAGGUGUGUAUUUUGGCAACGUUGUCAAUAAUGGAAGCCAUUUUUUUAAUUACUGGAAGAGUCCUGAGGCUUGUCUCACACUAAACUGCUGUUACUGCGAAGAUCCGCAUGUUUGUGUGUGCAUGAUCACACAUGCAUGCACAGGCAUUGUGAAAGCUUCUGUCAAUUUCUUCUGGUUUCCCCUUUGUCAAUGUCUACAAUUUUAUAUUUGCAUAAAAUUAGUGUCAUACUCAUGUACUUCUUUUACCAUGGCUCCCUGUGCAAAACCAUGCAUUACCUCUGUACCUCAUUCAGUGCUGUACACAGAGGGUGUACUGAACACUACAGUGCCUCAACCUGACCUUGUGUUUUGAAGUCUCGGUAUGUCCUCUGAACCAUGUAUUAUUGCCAUAUAAAAAGGCUGUGAUGAAUGCAGAUGCUGUCUGAAUCUGUCAACACUGCUUGACCAGUGAGGAUGAUGGUGGGGGACAUAUGGACUCCCCUUGCCCCACCCACCCACCCCCAGGGGUGUGCAGUCUUAUUUUUUUCUGUGCCCUACUUCUACGUGAAGUAACAAUCCCAGUCAGUAAUGAGCAUGUUAUAACGCCAAUCUCGUGGACGAAGAUAUGCCCUCUCGCCCACUACACGCUCUGUCACUUGACAUGAUCAGUCAGAUGUUAAGGGUGAAGAUAGCUGGAACUUCAUUUCAGGGUUGGUCAGCCCUUGGGGGGACCAGAGGGCCACAGGUUUUGCAAUUACCUUUCAAUUAGCCACCAGUUCACAGGAGGAGCAUCAGGUGAGCUGGCUUCCUGUUGCUAUCAUACCUUCAAAAUGACAAGAGAUGAGGUAGACAAAAAACUAUUUGAUCCUGCAGCCCUCAAACUCUGGCAUACCCUCUUUGGGAUACUAUGGCAAAGGGAACUGUACCUUAAUUUUUUCUUUGGUGCAAUGCUGCCUCCUUGUGUUUAUGCAAUUAUAAUGCAAGCAAUGACAUUAAAGGCAAAACAUCAUCUUAGUCCUCACCAGAGCUGUAUAUUAUGGGAAAGGUGACAGCCAACUUUUAACAAGUGUCAAGUGCAAUGUAAAGGUUUUUUAUCACAAAGCCAUUUGCUGAGGACACCACUGUUUAAAGCGAUCCAGUGGCUCCAGCUCCAUCUGUACUGUAUUACUCUAGGGCUGUAGGCAAAAAUAAACCACGACUAUCAUUUGUUUUUCAAUCAGUGUAAGUCAGCCAUGUCUGCCUGUUGUCACUAUAAAAUGUUGAGCCUUUAAAGGGUUUCAGAGUUGGAAUGUUUGAAUCUAUGCAUGUUCUUCAUUGAUUCUCUAGCUUUGCUAUGCUUAUACACCUUAGAGAGGGUCUUUGAGUAAGGUAUUGUUUUUUAAGUGAAGUCAUUGA